GAAACAGAGGCGCGGGACGCACGACCCGCAGAUAGGCAGGCCAGGAGGCCUUCUCUGCGUCCUGCACUCAGGAGGACUUAGAGCGCCCUUUGCUUGGGCUGAGGGGUCCCUGGUCCAGCAGCUUCCUCCAGACUCGGGCCUUUCGCUAAGCCCGCCAGGGGGCGCCACGUUGAGUGGCUGCAGAGUCGGGGUUUGAAGGCACUGACUAGAGAAGGGGCGCCGGACCCGGCCUGAGGAGAGGGCUCUCCCCCGCUCAGGAAGUGCCCCUGGGCGGGGGACUGGAGUCCUCACACCAGGACUGAGGCAGAAGCAUUUGGGGGCGAGGAGGGCUCAUCACCCUCUGCCCCCGCCGGCACCCUGGCCAUGACAGGCAAGUCGGUGAAGGACGUAGAUCGGUACCAGGCGGUCCUGGCCAACCUGCUGCUGGAAGAAGAUAACAAGUUUUGUGCAGACUGCCAGUCUAAAGGACCCCGAUGGGCCUCCUGGAACAUUGGCGUCUUCAUCUGCAUUCGAUGUGCUGGAAUCCACAGGAAUCUGGGGGUACACAUAUCCAGGGUAAAAUCAGUUAACCUCGACCAGUGGACUCAAGAACAGAUUCAGUGCAUGCAAGAGAUGGGGAAUGGAAAAGCAAACCGACUUUAUGAAGCCUAUCUUCCUGAGACCUUUCGCCGACCUCAGAUAGACCCAGCUGUCGAGGGAUUUAUCCGAGAUAAAUAUGAGAAGAAGAAAUACAUGGACCGAAGUCUGGACAUCAAUGCCUUUAGGAAAGAAAAAGAUGACAAGUGGAAAAGAGGGAGUGAACCAGCUCCAGAGAAAAAAAUGGAACCUGUUGUUUUUGAGAAAGUGAAAAUGCCACAGAAAAAAGAAGAUCCACAGCUACCUCGGAAAAGCUCCCCGAAAUCCACAGCACCUGUCAUGGAUUUGUUGGGCCUUGAUGCUCCCGUGGCCUGCUCCAUUGCAAAUAGUAAGACCAGCAAUACCUUAGAGAAGGAUUUAGAUCUUUUGGCCUCUGUUCCAUCUCCCUCUUCUUCAGUUUCCAGAAAGGUUGUAGGAUCCAUGCCAACUGCAGGGAGUGCUGGCUCUGUUCCUGAAAACCUGAACCUAUUUCCCGAGCCAGGAAGCAAAUCAGAGGAAACAGGAAAGAAACAGCUCUCUAAAGACUCCAUCCUUUCACUAUAUGGAUCCCAGACGCCUCAAAUGCCUGCCCAAGCAAUGUUCAUGGCUCCGGCUCAGAUGGCAUAUCCCACGGCCUACCCCAGCUUCCCUGGGGUUACACCUCCUAGCAGCAUAAUGGGGAGCAUGAUGCCCCCACCAGUAGGCAUGGUAGCUCAACCAGGAGCUUCUGGGAUGGUUGCUGCCCCCAUGGCCAUGCCUACAGGCUAUAUGGGUGGCAUGCAGGCAUCAAUGAUGGGUGUGCCAAACGGAAUGAUGACCACUCAGCAAGCUGGCUACAUGGCAGGCAUGGCAGCUGUGCCUCCAACUGUGUAUGGGGUUCAGCCAGCUCAGCAGCUGCAGUGGAACCUUACUCAGAUGACUCAGCAGAUGGCUGGGAUGAACUUUUAUGGAGCCAACGGCAUGAUGAACUAUGGACAGUCAAUGAAUGGUGCAAGUGGACAGGCAGCAAAUCAGACUCUCAGUCCUCAGAUGUGGAAAUAA